AUCUCCUCUUCAUUAUGCUCCUCAAAAUAAAACGCAAUUUUGUGUUUUUGCACACAACGCGAUAAUCAACCUUUGUGUUACUUUUGACUUUUUUCGUGAAAUUCAUCAGUGUACACAUUACACAACAACAACAGUGUCUGAAGACGGAGCGAGCGUGAGUUCAAUCGCAACCACCAUCUAAUCGGCUGCAAGUUUUCGUUUUUUGGAUACCCUUUUGUGGAAAUUGGAUGCUUGUAGCUCUGCAAUUCCUUUUGGAGGUAGAAUAAGAAGAAGGAAAAUGUGGGGGUUUGGUGGCAGAUAUUAUUGGGGAAGAAAGGUUGAGAAACCGGAGGGGAUAGUUGUGGUGUUUGCAUGGAUGUCAAGCGAGGAGAAGCACUUGAUGAGAUACGUGGAGCUCUACUCUUCUCUUGGAUGGGAUUCACUCAUCUGCCACUCUCAAUUUCUCAAUAUGUUCUUCCCUGAGAAAGCCACAGUACUUGCUGUUGAUAUUCUUAAUGAACUUCUUGAGGUGCUGAAAAAUAGGCCAUGUCCCAUUGUCUUUGCAUCAUUUUCAGGGGGUGCACAAUCUUGUAUGUUAAAUAUUCUUCAGGUUAUUAGUGGGAAGUGUGAAACACACAAUAUGGAUGAUUACCGUCUUGUUAGAGACUGUAUUUCUGGCUAUAUUUAUGAUUCAAGUCCAGUGGAUUUUAGCAGUGAUAUGGGUGUUCGAUUUUUUCUACACCCAAAUGUUUUAAAAGUGCCUCAUCCACCAAGAUUUGCUUCAUGGAUUGCUAAUGGCAUAGCAUCUGGUCUUGAUUCCCUCUUCCUCAGCAGAUUUGAAUCACAGCGUGCAGAGUUUUGGCGAACACUAUACUCUACCACUAGUAUGCAGGUCCCAUAUCUCAUUCUUUGUUCAGAAAAUGAUGAUCUUGCUACUUUUGAAGUUAUUUCGAAUUUUUUCAAUCGACUAAAAUACCUUGGCGGGGAUGUCAAACUGAUAAAAUGGAGUUCCUCUCCUCAUGUAGGUCAUUUUCGGCAUCAUCCAGAUGAAUACAAGACUGCUAUCACUGAGAUCCUUGGCAAGGCAGUUGCAAUUUAUCGUCACAAAAAUCCACAAAUUCGAGAUGAGAAACUGGGCAUAGAGGGAACAGAAGAUGAGAUCACUGAUCCUUUCUCCGAAAUGAGGAAAGCAGCAAUGACCUCAACCAGUUUCCAGGGUUUUGCUCUUGCUCCUAGUGAGCAUUUGUCUCAUAAUUCAAUGGAGUAUUACGAUGGAAAAGAUGUUAGCUCCGUAGCAGAUGACCGCAAAGGAAGUUUUAUUCAUCUGCCAAGCCGUCCCAGCAUCAAUGCAAACGGGGUUCUUGGCCAAGUAUUAUUUGAUGUCUGUGUUCCAAAGAACGUUGAAGAUUGGGAUGUCAGAUCCAAUCCAGGAUUAUUAGCUGCUACAAGGAGGCAUGUUCCAUUUAAUCCUAUAAAAUGCAUUCGGCGCUCAAGGUUGUAACAUUGUUGAAUGUUACUUGACUGAGAAGAUGUUUCAGGUGAAUUCUAUGACAAGCUUGAAGGUUGAUGUAUGUUUUGUUCAAAUUUUUUAGGGAGAGUCGAAUGGUAUAGUACCUUGAAUAAUAAGAGGCAGAAGGACUUGUAAAUUCCCACCUCAGCUGUUGUUAAGUACUGAGUAUUGAGUACUAUGUAAUUUGAUUGAGCAGCUAGUGUUUUUUUUUCCUUAACGUACAUUGUACAGUUACUUUAAAUGUGAAAAGAACAUUAUGUUUCGACUGA